CUAAUAUGACAAUUAAAUUUUAUCCUUAAAUGUUGAGGAAAGUAAAAAAUGACAAAAACAUCCUUGGGAGAAGUUGUAGAAACUCAACUCACUGGGAAUGUUGCACCCCAGACCUCCACCUAAACGGCUAAAACCCUCUCCCAACCUAAACCCCAAAAGUUCCGUUCACAGCUAACUCCCGCAACCACGCCUGCCGGAGGCGUCUCCGGUAGCCGUAGCACGUACUGCUGCCACCGUCGAUAUAUGCACAAGUGACUGCAAUAGGAGGACACUGGCGAUCGAGAGCUUAAUUUCAUUGACCAAUCAAAUCAAUGCGGAAGAACAUGCUCCACAUUCUUGCACAAUCCUUCUUCUUGUAUAGGAUUCGCGUCUUGCCGAAGGAAAAGAACAGUGUCACAUCCAUUCCAGUUGGGGCUCCCUGGAUUAUGCCUCUCUUUGCUUGCAUAACAGAAGUUGUCAGUAAUUAUAAGCAAAUCUCCACCCAGACAUCUCCAGAGGACGAGGAGUUCAGAGAUGAGAACUGCUAUCAAAUUCUCAAUGCUAUGCAAAACGCUCCAACCUCUGCCAGAAAAAUAUGCAGUUCCCAUAUUACCAAGCUAUGCAAGGCUGGUAAUCUUUCUGCUGCUGCUAGAUUGCUCCAGUUCUUAAGGGAGAGAAAUAUUUUUACUGCCCCAAACUUGUACAAUACCCUCAUGGAAGUAGCAGGUGAAAGGAACGACGUUGAGAUUUUGUGCCAGGUCUUCAAAGAUCUAGUUCUGUCUUGUAAAUCCCUUCCUUCAACUUCUUACCGUACUCUAGCACGGGCCUUCUCUAGUAUAAAUGAUCCUCUCUGUUUAUUUCAACUCGCCAAAGAUGUUUCGGAGCUGACAUAUCCAAGCAAUACUCUAGUGAUGAACAGACUCAUCUGCGCCUUUGCUGAGUGUGGCCAGUCGGAGAAAGCCCUUAUGAUAUUUGAUGAGAUAAAGAGUCUGAAGUAUGAGCCUGAUUUGGUCACCUAUAAUACUAUUAUGGAUAUGCUAGGUCGUUCCGGCCAGACUGAUAAAAUGGUGAACAAGUUUGCAUCUUUAAAGGAGGCAGGAAUUAUCCCGGAUUUUGUAUCUUUCAAUACGAUAUUGAAUCACUUGAGGAAGAAGGGAAGAUUAGAUUUGUGCUUGGUAUACUUAAAGGACAUGUCAGCACUUGGAAUUCAACCAGACUUACUUACAUAUACUGCUUUGAUUAGUAGUUUUGGACAAUCGGGAAACAUUGAGGAAGCAUUGAGACUCUUCAAUGAGAUGAAGAUGAGACAGAUCCGCCCUUCUGUUUAUGUGUAUAGAUCACUAGUUAACUGCUUGAAGAAAAUGGGGAAGCUAGAGUUGGCAAUGACCAUACUAGAGGAGAUGAAUGCAUCUACAGGGAAUCUUGCUGGUCCAAAGGAAUUUAAGCGGAAAGGAAGAUAGAUAGAAAUUAAAUUUUGAAUUUGGUUGUUCCGUAUUAUGGAUAGAUCUGAGUUCCUUAGCUUCACCAAGUUCGCUUCCUAAGGAUAGAGGUUGAGCUUCAUCAAAUGCUUGGCUAUAUGCUGUCAGUGGUUGGAGCUUGUAAUCUUUUGGAAAGACCUCAAAUAACUCAUCCAGUAUAUGAUGACUUCUUGCUAUGAUCCUUGGGGACACUGCAUGUGGUGGUUGCUUGUUUUUAAACUGAAGCAACACUUCUUGAACUGUGCAUACACCCAUGGUGAUCGUGAAACUAGAUGAAGCACUGAGCAGUUAAAAACAUUGUUCAAACUGGCCUUUCUGAUGUCACUGUUAAGAUUUCUGCUCUCACAGGUACGUCAUAAGUGAUUAUUCAAUGUUUUGUGCUGUAUAUUUGACUGAAAAUGUAUGACCCAAGAUUAGUGGAUGUGAUGGUGGUGGCAUCUAGUUAUAAAAUUCGGGUAUUCGCUUUAAAAGAAGUAAUUUCUGCCAUGACAUAUUUAUAUGUUUGCAUGGUGUCAGGGAGUUCUCGUAUACAUUUUGUGACAUGAAGACCUGCAAUGCUGAUGAUUAAACUUCGCGGGUGCAUUGGGGUCUUUAUUUUGUUGUUUAGACUUUGUGAUGGAGCGCAGAGAAUAAGCUACUUCAGCAGUAUUGAAGUUGAGUUCGGUUUGUUGGUUCAGUGAUUGAUGCCUUUCUCAUUUAACUGAAAGUCGAAAUCCAAUACUUGUAUCUCAGUCCAAAAAUUUGCUUAUUACUUUCGAUGCCUGUACAGUAUGUUGGCUUUUGUAGCAAACUAGCAACUGCUUGAUAUUGCUCUUUACGGCUUAUUGUAUGUGUCACUCAGUUGCAGAAAAUAAGUACUAAUUUACCCAUUUUAUCUUUUCCACUGACCACAUUCUUUCUCUUAGCACCUUUGCUUAAAAGAACUGGCCAUUGAGCGGAAGUUAGAGCCAGUAACAAAACAUUGAGUAAUCGAACUAUUCCCUUCUGUUCUAUGAUCACCGCUUGAUACCAUUGUAAACAAUCAAAUGGAGGUUUGAGGCAUUAAGUUGGUCUCCUGUUGGUUGGCCUGCAUGUACUACAGGGAUAUGGCUAUUUUAGGAGAGUCUGCACUGUACCUAUCUGCAAAGAAUAAAGAUUUGAAGCACGAAAUAUGAUGAUUGAUUGGAUUCAGGAAAUAAACUUGAAAGGUGAGAUGUUCUCGAUGUCUUGAACUGGUACCAACGCCUGGUAAGUUUCUGGUUCAUCUCAUAACUUGUUCAGCAUUUAGAAUUUUCAUUCUGUAGCUGCUUUCUUGUCAUAAGUGUUGUGCUUCCUUCACGUUUCCAUAAAAACAUCUGGUUUGCUGGCAGUUGACAUUUUCACCAAUCUAAUGUGUACUCAGCAUCAUUGGUUUGUUCACUUCACUUCCAUAGUUCCAUUUAGAUAGUCAACUGGAUCACUUCCUUCCUGUUUCAUAAGAUAAUAAGUUUUCCUGUCAACCAUAGCUGAUAAUGCCAAUGUUUGUAGCCAUUGUUACGGGUAUUAUCUAUGCCGAACCUAAACCUCAACUUAUGAAAAUUGCAAGGUUGCUGAAGUAUUGAACUUUCUAAAUGGGUUAUGCAGAAGUGUUGCAAUAUGUGUUAUUUGACACGGUGGGCCGAAGAAUCAAAUUCUAUAUGAAUAGAGAUUAUCAUUGGCUAUCAGGUGUUUAUCCAAAGGCAGACGUUAAUGAAGGCACCAAAAGAACCUACGGAUAUUGUUGGUCUUACUUCAGUAAUUGCUCGGUAGAGAUGCUACGAACUCUUCUAGCUUAGCCAAGUUUGAGUUCCGUUCAAAAGUUGAUAGGAAGAGUUCUGUCAUUCCUAAUUUCCUAUGUUCUGUUUUUAGUUCAUACCGAAUUAACUCAGUGAUGAAGCAAUUGAAGCUACUGUAAUGCAGCAAAUAGGGUCAACACUGCUGCUGCCGCUUGGACAGAUGGAGAAUGCAAGGCAUAUGUCCAAGGUUUCAGCUUUGCUGGCAUGUUGGGAAGAGACCCGAUCAUGGUAACAUGUUGUUUGCAAUUUCCAGUUGGUUUUCUUUCCAUUUUCCUAUCCAAGCCAGCUGUUUCAGAUUUUAUUAAUUUUUACCUACUGUAUUAUGUCGGAAAUGCAGCAAUGAAGACUGAAGAGAAGAAGCAAAGUAAAUUUUUUGCAAUGGAUGAAACUGAAACUGAAGAUGAGAUACUUUUCCAAAAUCUUGUGAUUUCUGAGGUGCCUGCUGCUGAUAACAGUGAUUGAUUCUCCUGCUACGAGUGAUCGCAUGAAGCGAGUAGUAAACCGGGGUACUCUAGCUCCAAGGAAGCAAAUGUCGUCGAGCCAGCGAAUCUGACCAAAUGCAGCUCUGUUCCAGAUUGUAGCCAUGCUGCAGGGGCAUAUGCAGUGAAAGCACCAAGGGCCUUUUCACCUGUAUCCGGUGAGUAGAUGUGAUGUAUCUGAUGAGAAAGAGAUGUUUUGCAAGCAUCAUUUGACUCUGUGACACACGUGAUUUUCUAUUUACAAAUUGCUAAAGCAAUGGAGGCAUGCCACUUGUAGCACUCUGUACAUUAUGAUAAUGUCGUUGAGUCUUCAAUUUUUUUUAAAAAAAAUUGAUUGAACUAUUGAAGCAUAAGAGAAGUCAAUCAUGAUGUUUAGACCAAUUGUACGUGAAAUGGCCCCUGUUGCACAUGGUGAUCUCCAGAUAAUUGCUUGGCGGCAGAUAUUUGUUAAUUGGCACAAUAGAUUGGCUGUAGGCUGUAAAGGUUGGUCAUGAUUGGCUGAGAUAAUGGGUUGGAGACUGUGGAAGAGCUGUAGUAUCACAACCAAUCGAGUGACACAACCACCCCACUCGACACAACCACCGCUUACUGGUCAUUAGGCAUGGCAAUCAAACCCGCAAUCAAACUUGCGAUUGUGUACUUUGAUCCAAUCACAUGGAGAAUGUCUGUAUUGAUUGGAUAUGAGAUGGAUACUACGUAAUCAAAGUAUGAAACCCAAGCAAUGAUGGUCUAACUGGUCAUCCUCUCAUUAGGUAGAGAUGGCAAUUAAACCGGCGAUUGUGGUACCCAGUCGAUGUAGAAAAUCUUUGUACUGACUUGACUAGUUAUGGGGCGGGUAUUGGGUAAAACCUGAACAAAGUCGAUGAGUAUGAGAUGAUAUGGUAAGUUACUUCUAUCUAUGAUAACCUCGAUGUAAGAAACUAACUAGACAAAU